CGUCAAAUAUCCUCCUUCCCGACUCUGAUUACUCUUCACUGUGUUCAAUUAAUAAGUCAAUUUCGGAACUUCUCAUCUCUGAAAAUGUCUUUCAAAACUACGGGAGCCAUAGCUUCGUUCGGAGGAAAGCUCCUCAAGCUCACUCACGAUGCGUCAACCACUGGCUGCGAAAUGGCUCUGAACCUGUACCUCCCGCCUAAUCCAGAGAAAGGCAAAAUUCCAGUUCUGUUCUACCUCGCUGGUCUGACUUGUACUGGUGACAAUGGUGCUGAGAAGGGCUUUUUCCAAUAUGGGGCGAGCCAAAAAGGCAUAGCUGUUGUGUACCCAGAUACUUCUCCAAGAGGACUCAAAAUCCAAGGUGAGGACGACGCCUACGACUUCGGCAGUGGCGCCGGAUUCUACAUCGACGCAACGGCGGAGCCCUGGUCCAAGAACUACAAGAUGGAAUCUUAUAUCACGUCCGAGCUCCCCAAAGCUCUUUUCUCCUCUUUCCCGGAACUCGACUCCUCACGCGUCUCGAUCUCGGGCCACAGUAUGGGCGGACACGGCGCUCUUACUCUCUUCUUGAAGCACCCGGGCAUGUACAAAAGCGUUAGUGCAUUUGCGCCCAUCUCGAAUCCCAGCAAUUGUCCUUGGGGCGAGAAGGCAUUUAAGGGAUAUCUGGGCGAGGAUAGGGAGCAGUGGAAGAAGCAUGAUGCGACGGAGUUGCUCAAGGGGUGGAAGGGGGAGUUUGAAGCUUUGGUGGAUGUUGGGACCGGUGACAACUUUUACAAGCAGAAGCAACUGCUGCCAGAGAACCUGGUGGAGGCUGCGGAGAAAAGUGGAAAGAAGGGGCUGAGGGUCAGAUAUCAAGAUGUGAGUGCAUCCCUUUUGGCCUGGCCACGCCAAUUAAGAUCGAUUUGCUGACAAGGAAUAGGGGUAUGAUCACUCAUACUUUUUCAUCUCGACUUUUGCGACAGAUCAUGUCAAUUAUGCGGCGAAAUAUCUACUUGCGUA